AUGGCGGCGUCUGCACCCUCCUCCUCUGGCGGCGAACCGGAUCCCAACUCGACAAAUUUACGACCACCGGGCUCAAGCUAUGACGCAUGGUGUGGAGUUGCUCAUGGGUGUACUAGAAAAUUGGGAAUGAAGAUAUGUGGGUUUUUGCAGAAGAACAACAACCUGGAGGAGAAGAGCAGGAUCGUGAGUUCCUUCAAGGAGCGCGCAUCCAAAAACCUGCUGGCUUGUGAUAACAGCGACACAAACACGCGUUUCAGACGCACCGAGACCGACUUCUCCAAUCUCUUCGCCAGAGAUUUAUUGCCUGCCAAAAAUGGGGAAGAACCAACCAUGCAGUUCUUGCUGGAGGUGGUGGACAUUCUCACAAACUACAUUCGGAAGACCUUUGACAGAUCAACCAAGGUGCUGGACUUCCACCACCCCCAUCAGCUGCUGGAGGGCAUGGAGGGCUUCAACCUGGAGCUGUCGGACCAGCCGGAGUCCCUGGAGCAGAUCCUGGUGGACUGCAGGGACACUCUGAAGUAUGGGGUGAGAACAGGUCACCCCAGGUUCUUUAACCAGCUCUCCACUGGAUUAGACAUCAUUGGGUUGGCAGGAGAGUGGCUCACUUCUACAGCCAACACUAAUAUGUUUACCUAUGAGAUUGCCCCUGUCUUUGUGCUCAUGGAGCAGCUGACACUGAAAAAGAUGAGAGAGAUUGUUGGCUGGCCUGAUGGAGAGGGUGAUGGAAUAUUUUCUCCAGGAGGAGCAAUAUCCAACAUGUACAGCGUGAUGAUCGCCAGAUACAAGUUCUUCCCUGAGGUCAAGACCAAAGGCAUGACAGCUGCUCCAAGACUGGUCCUCUUCACCUCAGAGCAUAGCCACUACUCCAUCAAGAAAGCCAGUGCAGCUUUGGGCUUUGGAACGGAAAACCUGAUCCUUUUGAAGACAGAUGAGAGAGGGAGAGUCAUCCCUGCUGACCUGGAAGCCAAAGUCAUAGAGGCCAAGCAGAAGGGAUAUGUGCCAAUGUUUGUGAAUGCCACUGCUGGCUCCACGGUCUACGGAGCAUUCGAUCCCAUCAAUGAGAUUGCAGACAUCUGUGAGAAGUACAACAUGUGGCUUCACGUGGACGGAGCGUGGGGAGGCGGUUUGCUGAUGUCGAGGAAACACAGGCACAAGCUCAAUGGGAUAGAGAGGGCCAACUCAGUCACCUGGAACCCUCAUAAGAUGAUGGGAGUGCCGCUGCAGUGCUCUGCCAUUCUGGUCAGAGAGAGGGGAAUAUUACAAGGCUGCAAUUCCAUGUGCGCAGGCUACCUCUUCCAGCCGGACAAACAGUACGACGUGACAUAUGACACGGGAGACAAGGCCAUCCAGUGUGGACGGCAUGUGGAUAUCUUCAAGUUUUGGCUCAUGUGGAAAGCAAAGGGAACCGUAGGAUUUGAGCAGCAUAUUGACAAGUGCCUGGAUCUCUCAGCCUAUCUCUACAAUAAAAUCAAGAACCGAGAGGGCUACAAGAUGGUGUUUGAGGGAGAGCCACAGCACACUAAUGUCUGCUUCUGGUACAUUCCACCGAGCCUCCGCGGCUUGCCUGAUGGUGAGGAGAGGCGGGAGAGGUUGCACAAGGUGGCCCCAAAGAUCAAGGCGAUGAUGAUGGAGUCUGGGACGACUAUGGUGGGUUACCAGCCUCAAGGAGACAAGGUCAACUUCUUCCGCAUGGUCAUCUCCAACCCGGCUGCCACCAGGUCGGAUAUCGACUUCUUGAUUGAGGAGAUUGAGCGUCUGGGGCAUGAGCUGUAAGAGCCACUCCUCUAUUGUGAAAUACACACAACCCUUUUUUCAGAUAAUGUCUUUUCCAACCUCUGGAAGGCCUUGAGCUUGGCUUUAUGUCCGUGUUGUUUCAUAAAGAUAUAUAGAUUUGAGCUUACAGGUCUUUUCAGGCAAUGCACAAUAGUAUGUCUGUCCCUAUACUUUUCUCUUUUCUCUUGUCUAUUCUGUCUUUAGCAGCGACUACAUGUAUUUAAGGGGAAAAAAAGUUUGCACACCUUUGUUUAUUACAUGUUCUAACGUCAAACUUCAGAAAGAAUCAUCCAAGUGCACUGAUGUUGUCGCUCAUUCAUAUUUUAAGUGGAAAUGAACCCAUUUUGGUCAUGAAAUCCUUAUUAGAUCAACAUGACGACUCAAACUCUGGUUUCUUUGCAUGUAAAAUAUGAAGUAGCAAUAAAAAAAUGAGGGCAAUUGGAUGAUUCUCUCUGUAGUGGUUAAUAUGUUAUUUUACUGUACAGCAGUCUAUAUGAAGAUCAGUGUUGAAGAGCAGAAUGUUCAAUCAAAAUGAAAAAUAUUUUUCCACAAGCAACAGAGCACAAUGGAAAGAACCUCACAGCAUCGACAUAAACAGUAUUAAUGUAAAAAAAAAAAUAUGAUAUGAUGUACUGACCGUUGGUGCUCCGUGUUGUCUAUGUAAUUAUCAAACCAGAUGCACCGCCACAUUGUACCCUAGCUGUUCUUUCCCUUUGGUAUUACGUAAGUGGAAAUAUAUAACACAGUCAUUGUAACAAGUACUGUACUUGCUGAUUGCUGUGUUUUUAGAGAUAAUGAUUUUUUUGUGUAGAUUGUGUAUAGUAUUGUUACAUUGCCUUUGUGCCGAAUGUGUCCUUGUUUUACAGUAAGAAAAUCCUAUAUAUAAAAUCCAGCAUAUAGUAGGCCUAUGUGAUAGAUUAAUCACUUUAUUUAUAUCGAUACAUAAAUGUGAAUAGGUUAUCCGCUAUUCUGUUCCAUUUGUAACGUAUCCCCAUUUAUAUUUGGAGACUGCUGUAUAUUAUCAAAAUGUUUUGAAUAACAUUGGAGUCUUUUAGUGUAUUUGUGAACCAAAGAAGGGUUAAGUUACACAUGUGUACCUGUACAUGGCCCUUAUUCAAACUUAUGGAUGGAUUGAGAUAUUUAUAUAGGAAUAUUUAACUUUAACCGCCAUUAACCUUAGUGCAAUCUAUGUUGUGUAACUGUGCUCUGUCAUUGUGAAUCACUGACUGAAUGUUGUAGAGACACGUGGGUAGAUUUGGGAGGCCGGACUCUGGCAGUGCUGCUGCUGCUGGUGCUUUGUUAAUGAUAACAAAAAAAAGCACAAUGCUAAACCAUGACCUUGGGGCAGCUUUUAUUCUAAGGACAGAUGAUUGUUUGUACUAUAAAUAUAUUAACUGAAGUAGGUAAUUCAUGCCUAAAUAUACUGUACUGCAAAUUUGAAAUCUGUAGGCUAUGAUAUGCAUAAAUUUGUCUUAACAUGCUCACUAUAUGCACAUUUUUCCUUGGGAAAUGACAUAAUGUGAGAUGAGGAUUUAUUUAUUUAUUUUUUUAUCAUUGAGCAGUUUGCUUGAACAAUACAAUGCACAGUGUUUGCUACGGUAGUAAAAAUUUACUCAACUGUUACACAUUCCUGAAUUAGUGGGAUGAAACGUCCCUCGUCAGAUUAAAUGUAGGCACUUUAACCUCAUGCCAUCAUUUGCAAAGUAUUACUGUUGUAUUUACAGCACAAAUAAAGAUCUUAGCUUUAGAAACUUG